UCAUUCUUCACCCGAGAGGAGCCAUAAUUAAAGCCACCAUCAUGUCCAGACGCAGUGGUCGUAUCACACUUCAAGCCAGAGAUUCAAACACGCCUGGACCAACAGUCAGACCUCCCCUCAAGAAAAGGAAGUCGGAGCCUUCCAAGAAAAAGCUGCAACCUUCUGCUAAGAAACAGAGCUAUGAAAUACAGAAGUGCUGGCCAGCGGAUGAUGUGAGUCCCUGUCUUCUCAUUGAAACCCCCCACAAAGAGCUGGAGCCCACUGACCCGUCGGGUUUCAGGCAGUACAGCUUUAAGAACCUCUUCAUCAAGGCGUCCCCCAUUCCUCGCCUGAGCUGGGCCAGUUCAGAUGAUGUAUGGAUAAAAAUGCUCAACAAGGAACUUUCCUAUGUCCAUGACAAGAGCUACCUGCAGCGGCAUCCCAAUCUGCAGCCCAAGAUGAGGGCAAUUCUCUUAGACUGGCUGCUGGAGGUGAGUGAAGUUUACAGCCUCCAGAGGCAAACGGCAUACCUCGCUCAGGACUACUUUGACCGCUUCAUGCUGACUCAAGAGAACGUCAACAAGGAUUACUUGCAGCUCAUUGGCAUCACAGCGCUCUUCAUUGCCUCCAAGAUUGAGGAAAUCUACCCUCCAAAAAUCUUUGAGUUUGCAUACGUCACAGAUGGAGCCUGCGACAUGUGGGACAUCCAGCGCACAGAACUUCACAUAAUGAAGGCAUUGGACUGGAAGUUGUGUCCAGAGACGCCCAUCUCCUGGCUGAAGCUGUAUUCACAGGUGGAAGCUCAGAAAGAUGGAGAGAAUUUUCUGGAGCCACAGUUCUCUCAGGAAACGUACAUCCAGAUCACACAGUUGUUGGAUUUGUGUAUGAUGGACAUCAGUUCGUUGGACUACAGCUACAGCAUUCUUGCUGCUGCCGCCUUCUGCCACUUCUCCACUUUCGACGUUGUUCAUAAAGUCUCAGGCCUGACAUGGGAAAGCGUGUCCUCCUGUGUGCAGUGGAUGAGUCCCUUCAUGGAUACCCUGCGAUCUGAAGACAAACCUCAACUCAAGACAUUUCCAAAAGUUGACACAACUGAAAGACACAACAUCCAGACGCAUGUGACCUAUCUGGACCUGCUGAGGAAAGCUCAGGAGCGGCAGAUUGACAGCCCAGAUUGUCAGCUUUCGCCGGUUGCUUCGGGACUGUUGCUAACGCCACCCAGCAGUGCAGAGAAACCUGCCAAUCCCUGAAUAAGAUGAGAUCCCGUGAAAGGUGUUACCUGUCUUCAGUCGGACCUGAUGUGAACGCAGACGUCUCGGACCGCAGCAGGCUACGCAGGAUGCAGUUUGGGCAAAAAGGACCAGAUUUUUUAUUUUUUAUUUUUUUAAUAAACACUAAGCUCAGGCUCCUGGUACCAAAGGCAGUCAUCAGAUAAGUAGUUGAGUAGGGGGACAAUCUGCCGCAGACCAGUACCAGCGGCUGUCUUUUUUUUUUUUCCCUCCUCCCCCCCCGUUAGUGUGAAUUUUGGUCUGAACCAGCAGCAGCCGUCUGGACGAGACGGAUGUUUUUACAUGAAUCCGCUGCUUCAAGUGGAGACGCUGGUGGAAGCCAGGUGAACAAGCUUUUCUUUUAAAUAAAGUUUUAGUUUUGUGAAAUCUUAUAAUUUGAUAAGUAUUAUCUGGGAAUUUCACCGGUGCUACUUUUAAAAUGAGCCUCGGAUGCUGUCAGGUGCUGCUUCAAUUGAUUCUCAGGAAAUGAGGAAUUUUUUUUCUUUUUUUUUUUAAUGUUUCUCCUCUCCAAUCGCUCACAUUUGACUUUGAAAAUAAAUUGAGUGUUUAAAUGAAUACCAACACCUGUAAUUUAAAUUGAUGUGCAUUUACUGUACAUUAGUGCCACAGAGGGACGUAUGAGCUACACAUCGUUAUAUCUACGGGAGCCAAAGGAAAGUUCUGGCUCUCUGAUGUGUGGCUGUUUUUAAUGUACCUGACCUGCUUGUUUUUUUUUCUCUCCCUGUUGCAUCCUCGUGUUACAUUCCUGGUAAACUUGACAUUUGUACACAUUUUAUUUUUCUUCUAUUCCCCCAUGUUUAAGUGCUUGUAUUUAUUAAUAAGCCUUAAUGUGUAAAGAAAAAUGUUCAUAUGUAAAAUCUCAGUGAGUGAGCUCAGCGUCAUCACCGCCAAAGGCAAGCGCUAUUUAUGAUUUUUCUCUGCUCUGACAACUGAUGAAUUCCAGUUCUGCAUUAAAUGUACAUUAGCCUUUUAUGAAUUAGUGCCUUUUUGAGGGGGAAAAAGAAGAACUGUACAUUACUUAAUUUAAGCCAGAGAACGCCAGAAUGUGGUGAUUGAAUAAACCUGUGACUGUAAACCUCCACAGUGAACAAUGAACCACGUGAACUGUAGGAAGAUACGGAAAAAAUGUUUAUUUUUGUAAAUACAGCAUUUCAGAAGUGUAUUUUCUCUUUUAUAUUGUAUUGUUUUAA